AUGGAGGUUGAGAGCGAAGGCGUGGGUGAACAACACACUGGUGCAACCCCGGCCGGGAAGCCGUCGGAAAGCACGGGACGGAAACCUACUUUUAAAGAAAAGGUGCUUGGGGCUAGGAAGGCAGAUGAGACGGAAGAAUUUGUAAACCUGGUGGAAACCGGCAUCAUGCGUAUGGAGUAUGCGGAGGAGAACACAUCUUUUCCCAUGUUCUCUAUUGAGCCAAACACUUAUAAGGAACUGUGUAAACCAUGGGAGGACUGUCUCGUGGUGAAGCUAUUGGGGAAAACCAUUGGCUAUGGCGCACUAUGCGAAAAGCUGAGAACCAUGUGGAAAUUAACUGGUGGCUAUGAGAUUCGAGAUGUUCAUCAUGGAUACUUCUUGGUGAAAUUUGAUAAUGAUGAGGACAAGAGGAGAGCCAUAUCUGGGGCUCCAUGGCUGAUAUAUGAUCACUACUUAGUCGUCAAGCCGUGGACACCGGAUUUCGUAGCAACAAACUCAAGGAUCAGUACUACACUGGUUUGGAUCCGAAUUCCUGGGCUGGGGUUUCAGUUUUACAACAAGAACAUCCUGCUCACACUUGCAUCUGCGGUAGGAACACCUAUCAGGGUGGAUUUGAACACGCAUGACAUGCAAAGAGGACGAUAUGCGUGUAUAUGCUUGGAGAUUGAUUUGACAAAACCAGUGCUUGGGGUUGUUGGGCUUGAAGGUUAUUCAUUUACGAACAACCUUCAAAAUAAUCUAUAUAAACAGUAA